CGGGUGUCGUUAAUGUUCGGGGCCGCCGGCCGCCGGACGAUCGGAGCUCGGGCCGCGGGGAACAGCUGGUGGGUCCGACCGACCGACGGGCGGGCCGGGCCCUGCUCAGGGGGGCAAGGCCGAGCCGAGAGGAUGCCGGGAAACCGGGCCUACCCUCACCCAACCCUCCUGCCUCAGCCUGACCUCCCUCAGCAACAAUGACCAUGGCAUUUCUUAGGCGCUUACUAUGUGCCAGACACCGUGCUAAACGCUGGGGAGGUUACAAGGCAUUUCAGUCGAACAAUGGAGGAACUGGUUCAUGAUCUCGUCUCGGCACUGGAGGAAAGUUCAGAGCAAGCCAGAGGAGGAUUUGCAGACACCGGAGACCAUUCUCGCAGUGUUUCCUGUCUUUUGAAACGCCAAGCAAGGAAAAGGAGAGGGAGAAAGAGGCGAUCGUAUAACACCCAUCACCCCUGGGAGACAGGCCACUGUUUAAGCGACGGUUCCGAUUCCAGUUUGGAAGAACCGAGCAAGGAUUAUCGAGAAAGCCACAGUAAUAAUAAAAAAGACCAUAGUGACUCAGAUGACCAGAUGUUAGUGGCAAAACGCAGGCCUUCGGCAAACCUGAAUAACGCUCGAGGCAAACGGCCUUUGUGGCACGAGUCUGAACUUGCUGUGGACAAUGUAGGGAACAGAACUCUACGAAGGAGGAGAAAAGUAAAACGCAUGGCCAUAGAUCUACCGUCGGAGGCCUCUAACACACUGACACUGACUCAGCAGCAGGACAACAGCAGAGAUCAGGAAAUGGACAAUGACGGUAAAUCAUACCAACAUCAAGAAUUUAUCAAGAGCAAAGUGAAAAAAAGAAAACUGGCCCCAGCGAAACCAGGCGUGGAGAUCCUAGAUGAGGGAGUUGUAAUAGAAAACGAAGAAGUGACACAGACCAGUAAGGACAAAAUGGAAUAUGAAGAGCAAAAAGGCUCAGAUGAGAACAUGAGUGAAAGCGAAUCCAGCAGCCUCAGCAGUACUGACGCUGGUUUGUUUACCAAUGAUGAAGGAAGACAAGGUGAUGAUGAGCAGAGCGACUGGUUCUAUGAGAAGGAAUCUGGGGGGGCCUGUGGCAUCACUGGAGUGGUCCCAUGGUGGGAGCAGGACGAUUCCUCAGAACUGGAUAAAGAACUGCCAGAUCCAGUAUUUGAGAGUAUCUUAAGUGGUUCUUUUCCACUAAUGACACACUCUGGCAAAAGAGGUUUCCAAGCUAGACUCAGUCACCUUCAAGGAAUGCCUUCAAAGGCCCUCAAAAAAGCUCCGGGAAACCUUUCUGCAAUGAUUACCUCACCUGGCCCAGUCAGUAACAAGAGAAUGGUUCGCUUUUCCCCAGAUUGUCACCACCAUGACCAUUGGUUUAACCCUGGGGCUAGGCCAGAGCACAGCCAGCUUCAGCUCCUGAGAGAUAACCGAUCAGAGAGAGGACACAAGAAAAACUGUUCAGUGAAGACAGCUAGCAGACAGACGAGUGUGCACUUAGGAUCCUUGUGCAUGGGAGACAUCAAAAGGAGGAGGAAAGCUGCACCUUUGCCAAGUUCAACGACUACAGGGUUUGUAGGUGAAAAUGCCCAGCCCAUCCCAGAGAGCAAUAUUGGAAACAGAAUGCUUCAAAGUAUGGGCUGGACCCCUGGCACAGGGCUUGGACGGGACGGCAAGGGGAUGUCUGAACCCAUACAGGCAAUUCAGAGGCCAAAAGGAUUAGGACUUGGAUUUAGCCGACAGAAAAGCACGCCGACAAACAGUGCUCCCAAAUCAGGAAAACCAACCUAAGGAAACAGAAGAAAUCCUGGAUUGCGUUUUAGGGUGAUUUCAGCAGAUCGGCUUUCUUCCUCUCUAACACAGUCUUGAUGUGUGAAGCAGAAACCUAAAUGCUUCAAAUUACCCACACUAAGCUUUCCAGCUGUGCACAAUCCUGCUCCCAUAGCAGAGCAGGGAAAUUCUCAUGGUGCUAAAGUGGAAGCGGAGUUGUAGCUUUUAAGUCUCCAUCAUCUUAGAAUGAAUUCUACAUACAAAAUCUAGUUCACUUUUUUAAUGUGAAAGAUUUCCAGGCACUACAGCCCAUUAGAGGUGAGAGAGAGACAGAGAAAGUAGGAGUGUGUGAGUUUAUUUUUAACACCAUUCUAGUAAUUUAAUCCAAAUGAAGUGCCCCCAAACCCCUAUCAAUUUACUAGAUAACUAGACAACUAGACAUAUUCUCCAUUUGGCAGACUUGUCAACCUCUUGUCACUAAAACUUUCCCCUUCUGUGAGAAUAAACUCUUAGAGUGGUACAUAUUAGUCACCCACAACCAAGAUUUCCCUAAGAACCUGACAAAAAGACAUCUUAUUGGUAAUAAAACUUAUGGCAUUAAACACUUACUUCGUGCCGAACACUGUUCUAAGCA